UGUGAUUCUGCUAAACCUCUAGUUGAAAGCAAUAUAUAUACCUGUUAACUGGUCUGCUGGCGACGGUCAGCCGGUCUUGAAACCGGACCCAAGAGUGGAACAAUGACCGAAAAUCAGCCAGAAAGCAAUGCACAGCCAAGCGGCAAUGCAGAAGAUGGCGAGUUUAGUCGAUUUUCCAGUCGCAGAAAAACUGUCAUGGUUGUAAUUCUAGCUUGGACCGGAUUGCUCUCUCCUAUGGCAAGCACCUCGGUGCUAUCCGCGGUUCCCAACGUCGCAGCCACGUACCACACUUCGGGUUCGGUUAUAGGGCUAAGCAAUGCUUUAUACUUGGUGUUUAUGGCUCUGAGCCCAUGUUUUUGGGGUCCUUGGUGUCAAGCAAUUGGACGGAGACCAUCCUGCUUAGCUAGCAAUUUGAUAUUUUUGGGGUCCUCAAUCGGUACGGCUCUGAGCCCGAACAUUGUCGCCUUCAUGGUGUUCCGUAUGGUCACUGCUUUCGCUGGUACAGCGAUUCUGGUGAUAGGGCCGGCUGUAAUCCGAGACCUAUACCGUCCCCUUGAGAGGGGGACGGCCAUAGCAUGGUUCUAUACUGGGACUUUGGCUGGGCCAACAAUUGGGCCAUUACUUGCCGGUGCUAUUGUGACAUACACCACAUGGAGAGUCAUCUUCUGGCUCCAAACUGGGCUCGCUGUUAUUUCAUUACUCGGAGUGUUCUUCCUGCUCCCAGAAACGUUGAGUGAGACUGCACCAAGGCCGCUACAGGGCCUCUCACGCAAAGAGCAGGGAAAAGUUUUACUAGUUGUAUCAAACCCUUGGCGGGUCCUCACUCCCUUUAAGUACCCCAGUUUAUUGCUCACAGCGAUUGCCAGUGGUUCCUUAAUCUGGAAUCAGUACGGUCUCUUCACUCCGAUUCGAUACGUCUUGAACCCCAGGUUCAAUCUAGAGACCCCUCUCCAGUCUGGCCUGCUUUUCUUGGCCCCUGGAGUUGGAUACAUGGUGGGUACCCUUGGUGGCGGCCGAUGGGCCGAUUACACUGCGCAGAAAUGGUUCAAGCGAAGGGGUGAAAUCUUCGUCGCGGAGGAUCGCUUAUAUUCCUGCAUUCCGUUUAUGCUCUUUGUGCUUCCAAUCUGCAUGCUUAUAUAUGGAUGGUCGGUUGACAAGGAAUUUGGGGGUCUCGCCGUGCCAGUGAUAUUCAUGUUCCUCCAGGGAGUCGCACAGCUUUUCUGCUAUCCAAGUUUGAACACGUACUGCCUCGAUGUAAUGCCAGGGAAAAGUGCAGAGGUCAUAGCUGGAAACUUUUUCAUUCGGUAUAUCUUUGGAGCCGUUGCUUCUGCCACCGCAAUUCCGGCGACUGAAUCAAUAGGCGUUGGGUAUUUUAGCACGAUAUCAGCAGGGCUCCUAGUGCUAGGAGGCCUCGGGAUAUUUGCUACUACUCAUCUGGGUCAAACGUGGAGAAAGGUUGGAUCUGAUAGUCUGGUAUAA